AUGGCGGGUGCUGAGGUCACUGUGUCUUCUGGGGAGCUCAUGCCUGUGAAGGAGGAGGAUGGGGAGUCCAGUGGCAACACCCAUAAGACUCAAGUCAUCCUGCACCUGCAGCCCAUCCUGCACGGGGAAAAUGAUGACAUUGCUGACACUGGCACUACAGUCUUGGCCAUAGAGACACAUCAUGAUGACUGUAAAGCAGAAGGAGAUGAAAUCGAGUAUGGCUACCCCAUCACCUGCGGCGACAGCAGAGCGGUUUUGCUGUUCAAGAAGUUUGUGUGUCCAGGAAUCAAUGUCAGAUGUGUCAAAUUCAAUGACCAGCUCAUCAGUCCUAAGCAGUUCGUACAUCUGGCAGGGAAAGCAACUCUGAAGGACUGGAAGAGGGCCAUCAGACUUGGAGGGGUGAUGCUGAGGAAAAUGAUGGACUCUGGCCAGAUAGAUUUCUACCAGCACGACUCGGUGUGCAGCAACACCUGCCGCAGCACUAAGUUUGAUGUGCUGAUCAACAGCACAAGGCUUCCUCCGGGGACCUUGGUGCAGCCGAGCCCAAGUCUGUCUCUUGACCCCCCUGGAGGACAGGGGCCUCCGCUGACAGAGAUUGUGCAUGAUUCCGCAGAGGUAGAGGAGACUUUGGGGGAUAGAUUUGGUGCAGCAGCAGAGUGGAGCCCUGGUCCAGCCCGACCUGUAAACCCUGCCACCGCCAACGGACAUGCAACCAAGAGAAAGAGGGCCGACACAACUGAUGGAGUGUUGAGCCUGUGGAAGGGUGUGGCAGACUCAGGGUUGAUGGGGGAGGUCCUGUCCAGUCUCCAGACUGAAUUAUUAACGACUCUUAAAGGAGUGGAGGUUCGCAGUGAGAGGGCCAACCUGCAGGAGACAGAUGCCGUCGUACUUAAUUCCUUGUGCGAGAUGUUUGGGCUUCUCGACUCAGUGAAACAGGCUCUGGACCUGAGGCGCAGCCACGGCGAGGAGAGUAGAAUCCACGACAGUGUGUUGGAUGGGAUUUUGGAGGAAAAGAGGAGGCAGGUUUCAGAUAAAAGCACAUCCUUGAAACUCCUCCGACGUCAGCGCCACAACAACUGCCAAACCCAGAAUGUCCUGUCCCCUGUGAAAACAGUGAUCCAGCCUCUCUCUGUUCUGGGUUUAUCCGCCGCAUCUUCUGCUCACCUCUUCACCCAUUUCUCUGCCUCCACUGGCCUGCACCUCCACACCAAAACUGGCAGGAUGGACAGCGAUAGGGACCAUCAGCUUGGUGAGAUGAGGAGCCAGAAGAAGGUUCACCAGCGGGGACAAGAGGGCAUGGAGAAACAGGACGCCUCAGGGAUCUUCAAAGAGCCAGGACUAAGAACUGGGAUGUCUCGAGAAGACCUUCACCUCAGAAGUCAAGAGGAAGAGGAGACGGAGAGUUUGCACGAGAUCGAAAAGGUGAUUAUCGAAAGGAAGUCCUCAAAGAAACAUAAAAGUAAGUAA